AUGGAUAUGAUCAAAGACCAUGACAGUCAAAGAGGCGGGGCCAUCGUAGUGCCGAAAGUUGUCGACCCGAGUCUGUUCUUUGAGUUCGGGGACGAUAGAUAUGUGGCUUGGCCCGAUGUUUCAGAGCUCAAGCUACAUUUCCUGACGGAGCACUCUUCCGUGACGGUCAUCUCCCUUCCUCAAGGACGCUCAAUUGAUACAGACUGGCUAGAGGCCCACAUCACCGAAUCACUCGAGUUGGAUGAUGUUCUUCGUGAAGACUUCCUGCAAACGAUCUUACUCGCAGGACCCGGCACAGAGCAGCUCUCAAGUAUUCAACCUUUCGAACGAUUAACCAACCCUCAAUCGAGGACAUGGAAAAUCAAGAGGAUUGAAAGCGUUGGCUGGCAAUCGGGCCUUCUGCCAGGUCCGUAUAUCGUCGUCGGAGACCAGCUGUGGCAAGUGCUGCGUUUAUACGAUGACACGCAAGGUGCUUUCUUGGCACCUGUAAGAAAGUCUAUACAUGGAAGAGACCUCACAAAACUUUCUAAUUUUGCAGACAAAUGGUACACAGAAACGAAACCUCGAACCAAACAAAAGGAGCUACCAAUGGCUAUCGUGGUUCCGAUCGAUCUUUUCCCCACAGCCGACACUCCGCAGAAGAGAUUGGUUCUGAAGUUGGUAGAGGAUUUGGAAAAGCAUCUGAAAGUCGAAGCUCAACGGGUCAGCAUCAGUGGCCUAUGGGACGAUCAGCCUCCUCAAGCAGCUGCUGGAGAAAGUCUUCAAGACUACUUGAGAGAGGUUGGUGCCAAUACAUUCUUGUACGAGAACUACCACAGCACAGCAAAUUUCAGGGAUGAUUAUCGGAAAAAAUUCGGCCGAGCGCCAUUCUCGAGCCCAUUCGUGACAUGGAGAUGGAAAAUUGGGAAACAAUACACUGCCGAACAACACGAGGAAGGCAUGCGACGAAUGAAAACCUAUGCCGAAUGGUUUUUGGACACUGUGAUGCAGGUUGGCACAGCAAAUACUGCGUACUACAUCCAGCCUGCUUGGCAUCAAUGGUGGAUCUCGCCAAUUCUCGGUGCCCCUGAGAUCGUGGUUCCAGUCGGACAACUCCCAUACGAAUCCCGAAUCAGUAACCAGACGGAAUAUCUUCCUGUUACGGCAUCAAUUAUGAGUCAGCCAGGUACGAAGAUUGUUGCGAUCCUUGAUACUACUGCAACUAGUAUCAUAAUAGACACUGACAUGACUUUGAUCGAAUUCACUGAAACCUUUAUGAAAGACGUCGGAAGAUCUUUAGUAGUCCAAUCUGGCAAAAUCAUGUUUCCUUUAUAA